AUGACGAUCACAUCUGUCCAAAUAAACAUCGACCAUGGCGAUUUGAGCGUCAACGGUCUCUCCGCCAUCGUUAAGCUGAAACGCAAGAAAGCCACACCGCGACCGUCUCAACUCACGGGCCGGCGAUACGUGGCAUUGCCUUCCAGCUUGGCAGUCUUAUGCUACGGGAGAGUCGACCGACCAGCCGAAGCAAUUGCACAACAUGGGCAGGGACAGGGACAGGGACAGGGACAGGGGGCUCAAGGCGCAAGGUCAGAUCAGCAACCCGCGAACCCGGACGCUAAGAAUAGCCGUCAGGGCCCGCGGUACUGCGGCACUGCGGGAGAAAGUCGGAUAUUUGCCAUCUUCCUUGUGGUCCAUGACAGUCGGAUCACGAAGCUGGUCCUUGUCCGAAACGAUCAACUGCAGACGGAAGAGAGCGCCAUGCCCUUGUCCCUCAAGGUGACGUGCAUCGAAUACCGAGCACCGAGGACGCUGCACGAAUGCUAG